AUGGUAGCCACCUUCGUACUGUUCCGUACUUUCUCAGUCUUUGCCCUGUUCUUCGGUAAUACUCUCUUGGCACAAGCUGCCCCGGUUGGAUCAUACGGCAAUGCUCGGGACAGCCUUCUUGUUCUCGAUUCCCGAAUUCCACUUGAUCUAGCAAAGAGGAGUGGAUGUUUCGUUCGUGGGGACUUCUCCGGAUGCCUCAGAGAAGACACUUCCGAAGGGGAGGUCAUAGACGUAGCGCCUGAGCUUGAUGUGCGCGUCGUGGAGCCUGUAGAAGUGGCACCUUCUGAGGAGUCCAGCAAAGACAAGAGAUCUGGAUGCUUCAUGCGUGGCUUUUUCGAUGGAUGUUUGCGGGAAGAUUCUGCUGAUUCCGUCGAGGAAGAACCUGCUGCUCCCCCCGAAGCGCCAGUGGACAUGUAG